AUGCCAAGACGACGGUUAUGCCAACAUCCAACACUACAUACUGUUUCUUCUUAUGUAGCAACAGGUUCUCGGCUGGUCUCUUCUCGACUUCUCAAUUUUAUACGGACUCGUUAUGAUUUGGAACAAUUAGAUACUCGUUGGUUGGGCUCGAAGUGUCAAUGGGUGAAAACAAAGGUGAUGAAAGAACAGGAUGAAACUGUUGAGGAGUAUGACACGGAUACUGAUGGUGACGAAUUAAGUGAAAAUAGUUCUAUGGAUCAUGAAGAAGAUGAUGGUGAUGCAGAAGAUGAAGAUAAUGAAGAAGGUGAUAAUAAUGAAGAAGAUGGUAACAGUGAAGAAGAUGAAGAUAAUGAAGAAGUGGAUGAUGGAUGCGAUCGACAAGCUGAAGAUGAUGAUCACGAAGAAAUAAAUGAUAAAAGUGAUCAGCAAGGUUAUGAUGAUGAAAAACAAAGUGAAGAUGAUAUGCUUCUUGAAGUUAGUUAUCUCGAAGAACAAGCGAUGGAACAGUUAUCUGCGGUUUUUAAAUUACUAAAAAUGUAUCCUAUCCAUGAUAAGUGA